CCGCGAUGUAUGAGUGUCGUAAUUAUGGCUGUGUAUGAAGAACUUAUUUCAUGUUUAAUAUAACGCGGUUGGACUUUUAUCUGUUGGAGUGUACCUACUGGAUAUACAUCUUUUAAAAUCUAAAGUUUCACAAAAUGGCUGAUUUAGAAGCUGUGCUGGCAGAUGUUAGUUAUUUAAUGGCCAUGGAGAUGAGUAAAUCCACUCCAGCAGCUCGUGCCAGCAAACGAAUAACGUUACCCGACCCCAGCAUCCGUGGUAUCAUGACCAAGUACUUGGAAAAGAACAAUCAAAUGACCUUUGACAAAAUUUUCAACGAGAAGUUGGGUUACUUGUUGUUUCGGGACUUCGUUCUCAAUGUAAGUGAAGAACCUGUUCCCCAACUUACGUUUUAUGAAAACAUUAAAAAGUUUGAAAAAUUAGACACAGAUGAAGAGCGUAUUAAGUUUGGCCGAGAAAUAUAUGAUCAACAUAUUAUGAAAGAACUUUUAUCGCAUAAUCACAAAUUCUCUAAAUCAACCGUUGAUCAUGUGCAUGAACUACUUACGCUAUCUCAGAAGACUAAAAAACUACCUGCAGAUACAUUUUUUUUGUAUGAAGAUGAAAUCCUCCAGUCCCUUCGUGGUGAUGUUUUUGAAAAUUUCCUUAGAAGUAAUAAGUUCACUCGAUUUUGUCAAUGGAAGGAUUUGGAGUUAAAUAUUAACUUAACAACAAACGAUUUUAGCGUACAUCGUAUUAUUGGACGUGGUGGUUUUGGUGAGGUUUACGGAUGCCGUAAAGCAGAUACUGGUAAAAUGUAUGCUAUGAAAUGUCUGGACAAAAAGAGGAUCAAAAUGAAGGGGGGAGAAACUUUAGCCCUCAAUGAACGUAUUAUGCUUUCACUUGUUAGCACAGGAGAUGGUUGUCCUUUUAUAGUUUGUAUGACUUACGCCUUUCAAACCCCGGAAAAAUUAUGUUUUAUAUUAGAUUUAAUGAAUGGUGGUGAUUUACACUAUCAUCUUACUCAGCAUAACAUCUUCUCUGAAUCAGAAGUACGUUUUUAUGCAGCUGAAGUUAUAUUGGGUUUGGAGCAUAUGCAUAAUCGUUUCAUCGUGUAUCGAGAUUUGAAGCCUGCAAACAUACUUUUGGACGAGUAUGGUCAUGUUCGAAUCAGUGACUUGGGAUUAGCCUGUGAUUUUUCACGUCGCAAACCUCAUGCCAGCGUUGGUACCCAUGGCUACAUGGCUCCUGAGGUACUGUUGAAAGGUUGCCCAUAUGAUUCUUCAGCUGAUUGGUUUUCACUUGGAUGCAUGUUAUACAAAUUGUUAAGAGGUCAUAGUCCAUUCCGACAUCAUAAGACAAAGGACAAGCAUGAGAUUGAUAGAAUGACAAUGACCAUGAAUCUUGAUAUUCCAGACGGUAUGUCCUCAGAAAUGCGGUCUUUGUUGGAAGGUUUGUUGGCACGUGACGUUUGCAAUCGCCUCGGAUGUAUGGGUCGUGGAUCUUUGGAAGUUCGAGAGCAUCCAUUUUUCAAAGGAAUCGAUUGGCAGCAAGUUUAUCUACAAAAGUACCCACCGCCUUUAAUUCCACCUCGGGGUGAAGUAAACGCUGCAGAUGCCUUCGACAUUGGUUCUUUUGAUGAGGAAGAUACCAAAGGUAUUAAGCUUACAGAAGCUGAUCAGGCAUUGUAUCAGAACUUUUCUCUUGUUGUGUCGGAGCGUUGGCAAAUAGAAAUAGCUGAAACUGUGUUUGAUUUUGUGAAUCAAGAAGCAGACAAGGUAGAUAGUAAAAGAGCUCGUGCACGACAACGUUCUGCUCAAACGGCUGAUGUUUCUAGUAGUGGUUUAUCUGGAGUUACUUCAAGUACUGGAAAUUUAUUAAACAUUGGAAAUAUCGGACUCUCAAAUACUGCAUCAGGUGUAAAUCUUUCUGACAGUAUGACUGUUGAUGGCGUAGCAUCUGACUGCAUUGUUGAAGGUGAUGUUUUAAAACUUGGUGGACCAUUUUUGCAAACAUGGCAACGUAAACAUCUACGUUUGUUUCCGAACCGUAUUGAAUUGUACAACAAAUCUAGAGAUGGAUUAAUUCUCAAAAAAGGUGUUGAUCUUAUAUCAAUGCUUGAUAUCAAAGAAAUUUCUCCAGAGUUUUCUCGUGUAUGUAAGAUGGAUAAUUGCAUUUCAAUCAAACUAAAGAAUGAUACACGAUUGUACAUAACUUCAAAUGAUAAAGUAAUGAUUACACAGUGGAAAGAAGAAAUAUUAGAAGGUUAUCGAAUUUCCUGUGAACUGAUGGCACAUAUGAACAAAAAGGCUCAUAAAAUGUACGGGGUUCUCGAUCCUAAGUCAAACACAGACACUCAUCCCCCUUAUACUACUAUUACCACAUCAACUAUUUCAACUAUCACUACUAGUAGUUCUGUACAGCCUCUUACUUCUCCUAGUCGCCCAUCACAAAAGUCACAUUCACCUCCACAAAGCACUACACAUCCUCGUCCUCGCUUAAGUCAUCAAACAUCAAUGCCUUCCUAUCCUCUCACAAAUCACAAAGGUCAAGGAUCUUCUUUAGAAUCAAUCGCAGGUUCCAAGUCUGGUGACCAAACUGUUGAGGGAGAUGUAAAUCAAGAUACUAAUGCGCCGGAUCGUGCUGGUGGUAUUGGUAAUGAUUUCAGUAAUAAUAAAUCUUCUUAAAUUUCUAUUGGUUAUUUUAAUUUGUGUUUAUUAUUCUUGGAGUAUAAUUGCUUAUUCAAACUCUAAUCCGAUAGCAGAUUUAAUAUUUAGACUUUCUACACCCUUCAUCUAUCUACAAAUCAUAAAGAAAGAUUUGGAGGAUGGCAGCUUUCUGAUUGAAAAUUGCAUUCCAUGUAAACUUUGAGAUGGUUCUUAUAAUCCCCGUGUGUUAAUAUUACUAUUAUAUGGUAGGAGAUAGUUGUUCAACCUCCAUUUCUAAUAACACAAUGUGUACAUUCUAUCGUUCAUACUUGCAUUUGAUUAAAAGCAUGAAAUUCAAUACAAUCAUGUUAAGAAAACAUUUAGUUCAUUUAUUGUAUCUAUGAAUUAAUUGUGUAUUACACUGUGUUGUUAUAUCUACUUUUCUUAAUAACAUUGUUUAUUCAUAUUAAUAACUGUUUUUAAUUAAUUUUGAAAUUCAUCAAAUCUAAAUUAUUAAUGAUAUUUUUAAUCUGUUCUUCCUCAUUUUCUUUCUUUUAUGUGCAAUAUGUGUUCUAUUGAUUCAUUCAUUUUUUUUUAGUUUUUUUUUUAAAGAAAAACUUUUUCUGUCUUUUACAUUAAUUGUAUGUUGUGAUUCUCAGUGUAACUGCGCCAAAAAAGUGUUUCCUCUCACUUAAAGAGUAAUCUUAUUCAAUUUAUCUGAAUCUGGUUAAUAAUUUGUUUUUUUUUGUAGAUUUCUUAUCAUUGAAAUGAUAAUAUUAUUAUUGUUACUAUGUAUGACAUUUGUUAAUCUACAUAGUUUAUGAUUAUCACAUAGAAUAAGCAGAGUUAUUGAAUGUGUCUGUAGUUAUCUUAGCUCAUUACUGACAUCCGUAUAACUUCAAAUUCGGUUUUUGUUACUUGUAAGUUGUGGUUAUGGAUGGUGAUUGUUUUUGUUUUUGUUAGCUUCUUUGUACGCAUGUAGUUUAUACUUUUUAAUUGAUGUAUAAUUUUUUAACGUUCAGAAUCAUGGAUUGCAUUGAUUGUAAUAUAAUAAAGCUUAUAUAACUUCUAAGAAAUGAAGCGAGGAAAAAGGAUUUAAAUUGUCUGUCUAAUAUUACAUCAUACCUGAAUUUUUCUUUUCACAAUCAUAUUUUGAAAAUGUUUGCAUUUUAAAAAAAAUGUUAGUUGUAUUUUUGUUAUAAAUGUACAUGUCAGUGUACUUCUCAUGUCAUAUUGUGCAAUGUUUAUAGCGGUCAACAGUAGGUAGAGAUAGUGUUUGUAUUAUUUAUUAAUGGGUAAAGUUUGUAACAAAUGUAGAAUAGUGAAUGGUAAAAUGACAAACAUCUAUUUUUCUUCUCAAUCCGUGUACAUAUAUUUUGAUGUUGCGCAUAUCUAUUUACCUACCAUACAUACUACACCUAGAUCCAGCAGUCACAAGCACACACACGUAGGUGAACACGAAUGGACCUACAUGGUUUUACUACAGUUUUUUUCUUCAAUUCUUAUAACAUAUAAUAUACAUUUUGCAUUUGUUUUCUAACUUGUUUAGUUUUUGCAUUUAUUGAUUUUCCUUUGUUUUUUUUUUCCGUUCAUUGUACUUGCUACUUACUAAGUUGUUGUUUUGUGAUUGUUCAGUUUUUCUUCCCUCUAGAUAUCGGGUACUGACAUAAAUGUUUAAUUCAUUUUUGCAAUACGUUUAUAUGUAAUCUAUAAUGUAUGCUUGUUUCUUUUCGGAAUUCUAGUUUAUGAUUGUUACUACCAAUCUUGAUAUUACUACAACCACUAUCAUUAUUUAUCUUUUCCUCAGCUAAACAAUUUCACAGUUUGGUGUUUUUUAAUGCUGUUUAAAUGAAAUAUAGAUGAACAUACCAAUGACAAAAUUCAUUAUGUUAAGGAAACGAGAAUAACUUAAUUUUACCUCCAUGAAUAAUGAUGAUGAUGAUGAUGACAUGGAUUAGACGUAAUCAUUUCUGUCUGUAUUAUAUGACUUGAAUUUGUAUUUUGUUUGUGAAUUGUAUUGUUUAAAUGAAAAAAAAAUAAAUGGAAGUUUGUUUCAAUCUCUAUUCUAAUUAUUGUUGUUGUAAUUGUCCUUGUUCAUUUAGUUUUCGAUUCCUUCGUUUUAUUUUGUUUAAAUUUUUCUCCAGUUCUUUACAGAAUUUAUAGAAGAGUGAAAUAACUAAGUGAAGUAAUAUCAUGAUUAUAAUGGAGUUAUUUAUAUGUUGAAUAUGAAUCAUUUAUUUUAUUGCACGUAUUCUGAAAAUUCUUUCAUUUACCUAUCAUUAUAGAAUGUUAGAGUAUUUUAUGAUAAUGUUUAUAUGAUGAUGAAUUUGUGAAAUAUAAAUAAUAGUUGGUUUUUUU